AAUAAAUACAUCCACCCCCAAAUGCAAAUACAUCAGAAGAGGUUCCUUCCCCAGGGCUCAGAGCAGAGCAGGCUCAGACAGGAGAGCAGCACUAUGAGGCUGUUUGUCUUGCUAGCUGUGCUUUACAGUGGAGUAAGCAGCAGCAUUGUGCUGCAGAAAAUGUAUGGGAGGAUCACAUCCCCAAACUUCCCAAAUGUCUACCCAAAUCACAAGGAGAGAACCUGGAAUAUUACUGUCCCCAAGGGAUAUUUUGUCCGCAUCUACUUCACGCAUUUCAACGUGGAGCUGUCCUACCUGUGUGAAUAUGAUUAUGUGAAGCUGAGCUCUGGCGGGAGGACCUUGGCCACGCUGUGUGGAAAGGAUAGCACAGACACUGAGGAGGCUCCGGGCAACAAGACAUACAUCUCUGCUGACAACAACCUCAUGGUAGUGUUUCGGUCUGACUACUCCAAUGAGAAAGCAUUCACAGGCUUUGAGGCCUUUUAUGCUGCUGAAGAUAUCGAUGAGUGCAAACAGCUGUUUGAUGGUGAACCCCUCUGCAAUCAUCACUGUCACAACUACGUGGGGGGCUACUAUUGCAGCUGUCGGAUUGGCUACACACUGCAUGAAAACAAGAGGACAUGCACAGGUUUGCCAUGUCCUAGUCCUGAAGCACCACCCCAUGGUCACACCGCACCAGUGCAAGCAGAGGACUUUCUGGCUGACCCCUGUGCUCUCUGUUGUGGCAUCGGAUAUGUGCGACUUGAGAAUUAAAAUGUUGUGGAGUCUUUUGUAGUGGAAUGUCGAAAGGAUGCUUCUUGGACCAAACCAAUGGCAAAGUGCAUCACCGUUGGCUGUGGUCAGCCUGCGGACCCAGCCAGCCGUGCCCUUAUAUAUGUUAUGGGGCCUGAGGAAAUCACCUCCAACACUGAAAAUCAGUACCAGUGUGACGCCUUCAGGCUAAUAACAACGGUAAAUACACAUGCAGUGGUGGUGAACACUGGAAAAAUGCCAAAGGAGAAAUAACCCCUCCUGUCUGUGACCCAGGUACUGCAUGAACGGACCCGAUAGCUGGAAUUAGCCGUUGCUGCAAAAUCAAUCCCAAGCUCUGGGCUCGUACUGACGGUCGCUGGUCUGCGGCCAGGCUCUG